GGGGACCUGCCGUUGGGUCGGGCCGUCGGGGGGCGGGAAGAUCUGGGGGCCAGGGUAGCCUCGAGUCUUCCUCCGAAGCUACUGGUGUUAUAGCGAGGACUUAGAAUAAAGAAUGCUGGAGGGGCAGAAGCAGGUCUUUUUAAAAAACAAUUGUGGGGAGAAUUACUUUAUACAGAAAUCUUGUGAGAUCCCUGUGCAAACAAGGUGAUGAUUGUACAAAGAGUGGUACUGAAUUCCCGGCCUGGAAAAAAUGGUAAUCCAGUGGCAGAAAAUUUCCGAGUAGAAGAAGUAAAUUUGCCAGAUCAUAUCAAUGACGGACAAGUACAAGUCAGAACUCUUUACCUUUCUGUGGAUCCUUACAUGCGCUGUAAAAUGAAUGAAGACUCUGGGUCUGAUUAUUUAGCACCUUGGCAGUUGUCUCAAGUGGUUGAUGGAGGAGGUAUUGGGAUUAUAGAAGAAAGCAAACACACAAAUUUUACUAAAGGCGAGUUUGUGACUUCUUUCUACUGGCCCUGGCAAACCAAGGUUAUUCUGGAUGGAAAUAGCCUAGAAAAGGUAGACCCGCAACUCGUGAAUGGACAUAUUUCAUAUUUUCUUGGAGCUAUUGGUAUGCCUGGUUUAACUGCCUUGAUUGGAAUACAGGAAAAAGGUCAUAUAACUCCUGGAUCUAAUCAGACAAUGGUUGUUAGUGGGGCUGCUGGUGCUUGUGGAUCCUUGGCUGGGCAGAUUGGUCACUUGAUGGGCUGUUCCCGAGUGGUGGGAAUUUGUGGAACACAUGAGAAGUGCCUUCUUUUGACCUCAGAACUGGGCUUUGAUGCUGCAAUUAAUUAUAAAAAAGAGAAUGUAGCAGAACAGCUCCGGGCACUAUGCCCAGCUGGUGUGGAUGUUUACUUUGACAAUGUUGGCGGUGACAUAAGUGAUACAGUGAUAAGUCAGAUGAAUAAAAACAGUCACAUCAUCCUGUGUGGCCAAAUUUCUCAGUACAACAAAGAUGUGCCUUAUCCUCCUCCACUACCUCCUGAUGUAGAGGCAAUUCAGAAAGAAAGAAAUAUUGCAAGAGAAAGAUUUAUGGUGUUAAAUUAUAAGGACAAAUUUGAGUCUGGUAUUCUACAGCUGAGUCAAUGGUUUAAAGAAGGAAAGCUAAAGAUUAAAGAAACUAUGACAAAUGGAUUAGAAAACAUGGGAGCUGCAUUCCAGUCCAUGAUGACAGGAGGUAAUAUUGGAAAGCAAAUAGUUUGCAUUUCAGAAGAAACCUCUUUGCAGUCUCUAUAAACAUCUUCAUCAAGGAAAUACAAAUUUCUUUCCAUUUUGCACAAAGACUUUCAAGACACAUUAAAAAACACCUGAGAGUACA